CACGCAGACCGCUCUGUCGAUCGCCGAGCGGAAGUUUCGGCAGUUCUGCUGGAUUCGCCGUUUUGCUGUAGCCUCGUAUCUUGGUCCGGCCUGAACGAUGUUUCGCAACCAAUAUGACAAUGAUGUCACCGUUUGGAGCCCACAGGGCAGAAUUCAUCAAAUUGAAUAUGCAAUGGAAGCUGUUAAACAAGGUUCUGCCACAGUUGGUCUAAAAUCAAAAACCCAUGCAGUGUUGGUUGCAUUGAAGAGGGCACAGUCAGAGCUUGCAGCUCACCAGAAAAAAAUUCUCCAUGUUGACAACCAUAUUGGUAUCUCUAUUGCCGGACUUACUGCUGAUGCUAGACUCUUAUGUAAUUUUAUGCGACAGGAGUGUUUGGAUUCCAGAUUUGUAUUUGACAGACCACUUCCCGUGUCUCGUCUUGUAUCUCUAAUUGGAAGCAAGACCCAGAUACCGACACAGCGGUAUGGCCGGAGACCAUAUGGUGUUGGGCUGCUUAUUGCUGGUUACGACGAUAUGGGCCCUCACAUUUUCCAGACCUGUCCAUCUGCUAACUAUUUUGACUGCAGAGCUAUGUCUAUUGGAGCCCGUUCUCAAUCAGCUCGUACUUACUUGGAGAGACAUAUGUCUGAAUUUAUGGAGUGCAAUUUAAACGAACUGGUUAAGCAUGGUCUACGUGCCUUAAGAGAGACACUUCCUGCAGAGCAAGACCUGACUACUAAGAAUGUUUCCAUUGGAAUUGUUGGUAAAGACUUGGAGUUCACAAUCUAUGAUGAUGAUGAUGUGUCUCCAUUCCUGGAAGGCCUUGAAGAAAGACCACAGAGAAAGGCACAGCCUGCACAACCUGCUGAUGAACCUGCAGAAAAAGCUGAUGAACCAAUGGAACAUUAAUAAGCCAGUCUCUAUAUGUAUCAUCAAAUGUGUAAGAAUGCAGGAACACAUACUGAUGAGAGUAAUCUAAACUAUGAA